AUGUCGUUUCCAUUUCCCGAGGACUUUGUGACACAGGCCCCGGUGAUCUCAACCAAACGCUUGCUACAAAUUCUGGAAGCGGUCUACGGAAUCAAAUCAGCAAAAUGCACAAAGCUCACUGGUUAUGAUGAUCUCAAUUUCCUUUUGGAGGAUGUUCGUUAUAAGGAUGACGUCUCAGCGGGGCGAAAAUUAAUUUGCAAAUUUUCGAAUCCAAUCGAAGCCAGUUUGCCGGAUUUGAUGAGUAAGUUUGAGCCUGUAAUUGAUUGGACGUAUUUUACAAAAAUAUAGGCCAAAUCUUUUCUCCAAUUUCGCGGAUUUUUCAAAUUUUUGAGGGUAUGCCCUUGGGAUUUUAACCGCUUGGGAAUGAUUUUUUUAUUUUUUUUUUUUUUUUGAUGGUUUCAAGUUAUUCUACUCAAAAUUGCAAGACUUCUGAACCCGGGUUUGCCACAACUAUCCUCCACCACACCCGAGCUGCACACAAUUUUUAAAGUUGUCAGGAUGUUUUGAUUUUUACCAUGACGAAAUUUAUACUAGAUCCCAAUUAAGCAUGGCUGCAAACCGGGCCAGCCCGGCCCGGCCCGGGCCGGGCCUGCGGGCCGGGCCUAAAUCUCCAAGCCCGGCCCGGUUCGGCCCGGAAAAUUUUUGUACUAGGUUGGAAAGAAAGCAGGAAAUGAAGGGAAAAUUAUGGCACAUUUUCACAAAAUGUAAACAAUAAUUUAGCAAAACCUAUACAUAGUGCAAUUGCCGCUUGACUAUUUUUAUAAAUUACUAAGUCACCAUAAAUUUUCUUACCAUAUGGUUACAAAAAAUCAUAAGCUUUUGUGUAGAGUCACCCAAAUUUUAGCAAAAAUAUUUUAUCACAGAUCUUUUGUCGGAUCUGAAAAAAGCUACAAGCGUAUUGCGUAUUUUUGAAAAUUUUUUCUUUUUCUUUUUUUGCCUGCGUAUUAACUAUGAGGUCGCACUUAAGAAUUUCUAAAAAUUUUUUUCAAAUUGACUGGAAAAUUAUUUUUUUAUUUGGGCGAGUGGUAAAUAAGGUCACUUUACGUUCGCUAUCAGCAUUGUGUUCGAAAAAAUGAAAAAAAUCUAACGAAAACCCUAUUUUUCCUUUUUUUCCGGGCAAAAUCCAGAUUUCAAAAAAACCGGGCCGGCCCGGGCCGGGCCGGGCCUGAAAAUCGAAGCCCGGGGUCGGGACGAGAAAUCAGUCGGCACGGCCCGGGCCGGAAAAUUUUGGAAAGCCCGGCCCGGAGCCAUGCCUACCAAUAACAGAUUUUAUAUCAAACAUGCAUGGGAGAUCGACAGGAUCUUGAGAACGGCUAGGGCAGCGCUGGCCCCCAACCCGUUGAUUACAUUCCUGUGUAUUUCAAACAAUCGCAGAGCGGUGCCGCACAAACUAGGAUUGUAUAAUACAAGGGAAAGGGAGCGGGCACGAUGUUUGUUUGGACGAUCAGUAAUGCUACGGCUGUGAAAUAGUAGUUAAUACAGAUGGUUUUGCCGGUCUGAUUUUACGACUUCUCGGCAGAGACUUUUGACUCCAAAAUCGCGAACAAAAAUGUCACAUUCUUGGCAACCUUUGAUCGGAAAAUCGCGGUCGUCUCUCAGCCCGGACUAGAGAUAUCCGGCAUGUCCUGGAGAAAAAUUACUCUAAAUUUUUGGGAACCUUCAUCAAAAUCUGACCAUCGGCGUUGGAGUAUCAGUCUGUCGGGAAAAUAACGAGCUCAAUAUCGCGGCGCCGAUCGCAUCGCUGAAGUGAAAAGCAAUUUGAUUUUGCCGCGACACAACUCAUUUUCUCGGCGGCGAUGCAAUUUUGCAGCAGAGUGUUCAUUAUUUUCCCGACAGACUGAUAUCAAAUUUCGUUUCAGAUGAACAGGUCUACAUGAUGAAUGCUUUGGGGUCGUGUGGGAUCCCAGUCCCGGGGAUUGUGCGCACCAAGAAGGUGGACAAUUACGAGAUUGUAGAAAUGGUUGAUGGCAGUAAGUAAUCGUAGUUUCUUCGAUGUUCAAGAAGUAUUUGUUUGGUAAAAUACGGACAUUGGUUCUUCCAGUAAAACUUCCAAUAAGGCUCUUCGAAUUCGUCGAAGGACAAACACUGGAAUCGGUGGGAUUCAACGACGAAACGAUCUCCAUUAUAGGCGAACUUGUCGCUAAAUUCAGCAAUGCCUCGGAAUUUAAUCAAUGCCUGCAAGACACGAAGUUGUUUCGUCAGCAUCGGCCGCUGAUUUCCCUCGAAUAUUACAAGUAUUUGGAGAGGGAAAUUGACAAUUUAUUGGAGGCUGGAUUCAUGACUGCAGAGCAAGCUGAGGCCUGCCGUCGUGUUUUCAAGGAGCUGGAGGAGAAGAUUUUCUCGAAUUACGGUGAUUUUGAACAAGGUAACUUCCUGAUUUUUUUGUGUUUUUAUAAUGUGAAUUCCACCAAAAAUUUUUAUCACUCAGUCGGGAAAAUAAUGAGCAAAAUCUCACAGUGGCGUCGCUGAAGUGAAAAACAGUUUGAUUUUGCGGCGACACAAUUCAUUUCUCGGCGGUGAUGCGAUUUUCGAUGCGACAGAGUACUCAUUAUUUUUCCGACAUAGUGACAGUAAACCAAUUUUUUUAUCGAUAGAUGGGCACUUCGUAUUUUACAAAUAGAUUCCUCAUACUCCAUUCCAGGUCUAAUCCACUCCGACAUCAACGAAACGAACGUUUUGCUGAUCAGAGACAAGGACAACAAGCUCAAAGUCAGCGCUCUCCUCGACUUUGGCGAUGCGCACGUCUCACUUCGGCUUUUCGAAUACAGCUCCGCCAUUUUGUACAUAAUCUUGGGAAUGGGGUCCGAGGAUCAAGUUGAAGAUUGGAAGAGGGUUAUUCGCACCUUUUUCAGGGCCUUCAUCAAAGAGCGCAAGUCUGGAGAGUUCAUGAAUGAUGUGAGUUUAUUGCGGAAAUUUUUGAGCUGGACUGUGUCUGUGGUUACAGUAAAAUCUCGGUACAACGAAAAGCCCAAAAGCUUAGUAUCAGUCCGUCGGGAAAAUAGUGUGGAUAUGUCGCCAUAAUAAGUCUCGCCUCGUCGCUGUCGUGCACCAAAUAUCCAGCCGCGGCUGGUCGUCGCAAAGCGAUGAUGAGCUAUUCCAAAGCGCGACAAAUCCACAUUAUUUUCCCGACAGACUGAAAGUCGGUUCCCAAAGACGCUGCAGUGAUUUCGGCGACCUGCGAAAUAAUUCGGGGUGCGAGCGACAGCCCAAAAAAACCAUUUGCACGGUGCAUAAAGCAACAAAUUGCACAGUGCAAGGUGAACUUUUGUUUUCUCACAGACUGAUGGUCAAAAGACACUUUUUUUAUAUUUUUGGUCAUGCUACACGUCGCCAAAAGUGCGUGGAAUUUUCUGCGAAUCUUCACUGUGCAUUUUUUGCGUUACUUCAAAACUCGUUUUGCACCGUGCAUUCGACCAAAAAGUGGGAUUGCACCGUGCAAUUUUGUUCCUUUUGCAACACCUCCAAACUUCUCGAUAACAAACGGGUCCGUUGUACAGAGUGCGUCUAUGUUCAGCUUUUCCGUUUUUUGAAUGUUUGGGAUCCACUUCCCGUCAAGACAACUUUGUCAUUAACAGUUUUUUGUUUCCUUUUGCAUCACCUCCAAACUGCUCGAUAACAAACGGGUUCGUUUACAGAGUACGUCUGUGUUCAGCUCUUGUUUUUUGAAUGUUUGGGAUCCACUUCCGUCAAGAUAACUCCGUGAUCAAUGUCCGGGCGUAUUUUACACUGCUGGAACCAAAAAAAAUAUAAGAUUAAACUUUUAGAUUAAACAUUGUCAACUGGCGAUGCGAGCCCGACUUGUUGCAUCCUUGAUUUACGGACUACGCACGGUCCGCAUUAAUUACCGAAAGGAAGAUCCGUCGUAUAUCUUGAAGACUCAAUCCAAUGGCUGGGAUGUUUUGAGGGUGAGCUUCUUUCUACCGUGGAAGGUAUAAUAAUUUCUCCACAAAAAUUUUUUUUUUGUUCGCGAAACUGCAAAAAUAAGGCAGCUCUCCGCGUUCUGCGGGCUACAUGCCGCAAAGAUCCUUGAAUGUCACCAAAAAUGAAUUUUUCUUGACAUAAUUUUCGCCAUACACAUCAAAAACAGUGAAAAAACAAGGAACGAAUUGUCGCCGCAUUAUCGAGUCACAAAAGAAAACUUUUCCAGAAAAAAAGGUUUUUUCGCGAAAAAUAUUUUUUUCGAAGAGAAAAAUAAUUUUUCGGACUCGAUAAUUCUGUGGAACUUCGCAAAAAAUCAAUGAUCCGAGGUUCCUUGUUUUUUCAAUUUUCUGAAAGAAUUUUUUGACGUGUGUUAUCUCUCUGACCGCUCUCCGUGUUUUGCGGGCUGUCCCGGCCGCAAAGAUCGUUGAAUGUCACUGAAAAUGAGAUUUUUCGACUUAAUUUUGGCCAUAACUUUUGAAAUUUUUCGAUUUACCUUUUGCUUUUUGGUAAAUUUGACCUCUGCUUGGGGCCAAAACCUUGACUUGACUUUGCGGAUUUUAAAAAUUAGCAUAUGUAUGCCCUCUGCGAUUCAUGAUUUAUGAUGGGAUUCUUUUUCGACUUUUUGUUUCCACACAGAGUUCUACGCAAAAUUCGAGGAGCUUUGACCCUGCCUCGGCCCGUCCUACAUGGACGGUGUGUCAGGAAAGUAAUCUAAAAACAGCUGGCUCAUCCCGUUUCCGGCCCUCCGGGAUAAUGCGGGGCACGGUAUUUUUGAGCGGAAAUUGUCUCGGGUAAUUAGAUGCGUUAUACGGAUUAUAUGUGUGCAAAAAUUGAACGGGAUUGGGUCUUGGGGUCAUUUCCGCCGUUACUGUAACUUCUUUGUUUGUCGGGGAAAACAUUUUUUUUUGAUUAAUCGAGUGCUUGAAAUGCAAAGAUUACAAGAGCUCGAAGAGCGCGCUCAGAUUUUGAUAAAACUUUGCAUAAGUUUAGAUUAAUUUUGUCUAAGGAUUUGGACAACGUUUCAAUAAGAAACGACCAAGAUUUCUAGAUCAAAUUUCGACAAAAAUGUGGCGUUCUUUCUUUGAAGCAUACAAAAUUUAACACGCUUCUACCGUAGAAGCUAAGGUUUCAACAAAAAAUUAGGUACGGUGGCGGACCUAAUCCAGUGUCAAAAAACGUACCAUUUUGUAUCCGGGAAGUAUCAAAAACGCUGCAAAAUACCUUCCUUUCCAAGCUAAAAAACUCCGUUUUGAAAAGCCGCUCACAAAAAAAGCGGGCGUGCUAUUGAAAUUGAAGCCUUUUCACUUCUAAAAAGAGGUGUUUUGCUACAUUUUUGAUACUUCCUGGAUGCAAAAUGGUACGUUUUUUCACUGGAUCAUGUCCGCCGCUGUAAUCCACUGCCGCGGAAAGUCGCAAAGCGAUAAUGGGCGAUUCCAAAGCGCAACAAAUCCACAUUAUUUUCCCGACAGACUGAUAGUCACUCAAGAUCACUUUUCUCACAUUUUCAACGAUGUUGUCGCAAGAAAAUCCUUGCAAAAAUUGGACAAAUUUAUCUCAAAAACAAGUGUUUUCCAUCAUCUUGCAAUUGCAUGUAAUGUAAACAUCCUGUCCGCCCUCUCACGCCGGUCAUCAUGGCGUGCGGACUGUAAGUCACAUUACACUUGGCGAACGCAAAUCCCAACACCGGAUUAAUUAUCCAGAUGCACAACGGGCGGUAGCUAAAUCGGGGGGCCCGACGGACGUCAAUCGCGGCGUCGGGCGUUGUUUGUGUCGCUCCCGGAGCGGCCCCGCUUACGGUCGUCGUCGGCGGAAUUGCGUCGGCGGUAAUUUGCCUAAUGGCGCCCCAAUUUGGAGUUAUUUGGAGGGGCGGCGAAAGCGGAUCACGCGAAACAACAGCGAGUACUGUAGAUGAGAGCGGGGAUUCUUGAUUUGGAGGUAUUACUAGUCGGUUCGUAAAGUAGCUGGAAUGUUUUCGGCGACAUGCACUCCGCGAAACCAAAAGUUCACUUUGCACUGUGCAAUUUUUGGCUUUUUGCACAGUGCAAUAGGCUUUUUUGGGCUGUCGCCCGCACCCUGAGUUUUCUUGCACAGUGAACGUCGCCGAAAUCAUUCCAGCGACUUUACGAACGGACUAGUAUAUAUAGUACGGAAUCUGGAUUAUUUAUCCGUCUGUCGGGAAAAUAAUGAGCAAAAUGUCGCUGCGACGAUAGUGUCGCUGAAGAAAAAAGAAAUUUGAUCUUGCCGCGACACAGUUAAUUUUCUCGGCGUCGAUGCGAUUUUCUCUGCGACAGAGGGCUCGUUAUUUUCCCGGCAGAAUGAUAUUUCAAACAAAGUUUUACAAAAGAGGUACCCAAAGUGUGACCCUCAGAUUUCCUUUAAAUUUUGCACACACAUUUGAGCAUGGGGUAGAUAUCAGUCUGUCGAAAAAAUAAUGUGGAUUCGUUGCGCCUUGGAGUCACCGAUGAUCGCUCUGCGACGGCUAGCGGCGGCUGGAAAUUUGAUGUGUGACUGAAGCGAAGAAUUUUGACAUCUUUCUGCGACAAAUCCACAUUAUUUUCCCGACGACUUAUAGAAAUUUCAGGCAAAAUUAGCUCGCUCUUCCUCAGGCACAGUCGAGAAAUUCAAAAAUAUUUGCGGCCGAGUGAGUACGUAAAACGCGGAGAGCGGUCAGAGAGAAAAGAACUUUUUGGCUAUAUCUUUGCUGGUUUCGCGCGGAAAAACUUGAUUUUUUGUGGAAACGUUACCCUCUAUCGUAGAAAUAGGCAAGAAAUUUUUCAUGGUGAAAUUCGCAAAAAUUUUUUUUUUUGAUUUUUUGCCAAUUUUCGAGUUAAAAAUCUUGUAAGGAAAGCUCUAAAUUUGUGCCAAGUUUUAGCAAAAUCUGAGCGUCGCUCUUGGAUAUCUUGUAGCUUUCGUAUUUCAAGCACUUUAAUCAAAAAAAACCAUUUUUUUAAUUUGUUUUCCCUCAAAAAAUCGAGGGAAAAAGUCACAGUAAUCUCGGAAAUCCCCAUUUUUGCACCGAAUCCCGUUCAAUUUUUGCACCCAUGUAAUCCGCAUAACGCAUCCAAUUAUCCGCGACAAUUUCCGCCCCGAAAAUACCGCAUUAUCCCCGCCCGGAAUUGGGCCGGAAUCGGGAUCAGCCAGCUGUUUACGGGCUGCGGUGAUUAACAUUUUGUGCGUCUUCCAACACCCACAAGCCACGCCGCAUUAUCCGCGGAUUUGGGCCGGCGUAUUUCGGGGGCCGGAAAGCGGACCGGCAAGGCGGUAAUACGACGAUUAACCGCGCUCAAAUUGGAAAUUAAAAAUCGUUGGGCGAUAAGAAAGCAAUGGAAUUAAUCAUCUCGAAUCGGGGCCGACAACAAAGCCGAUUUGCACCCCACUUUUCUCCGAUAUAUUGUAAAAUAUAUUGGGGAUGAGGCGAUGAUUAGAGUGUGCAAAAACGCGGCCCGAAAAUUUGGGAAAUUAGAGAUUGUAAUUGCUCGUAAAUUAAAGGUUAAUCACGACGCCAUCGGCCGCACAUUGAGCCGGAUUAGCGGCCAAAGUGCGUGAAUGCUAAUUGAUUAACGUAAUUGGUGUUUUUAAUGGGGAAAUUGGGCUUUGUUGCGGAUUUAAAAUUACUGCGAGGUAGUACAAGUGCAACGCGCAGAUUUCGAUGAAACUUGGGACAAAUUUAGAAUAGUUUUUUCUAAGGCAUAUACGAGAUUUCAGGCUUGUUUUUUGCAGAAACUACCGGGAUUUUUUAUUCGAAAGUUGGCGAAAAUAUGACAAUUUUUUGCGAUUUUUUUUGUUAUGAAAAAUUUCAUACGUAUUUCUACUGUAGUGACUAAUGCUUCCGCAAAAAAAGCGAAGAUAUGGCCAAAAAUUUUUACUGUUUUAUAUCCUCUUAUUUCUUCACUUUUUACGUGUGUUUUCAUUGUUUAUUUUUUCAGUCUCUCAACGACAACGAUUUGGACAUCCCAAGUUUGAUACAGUAA